AUGAUGCAAAGCAUCAAAGUGAGCUCUCCGAAGAAAAUGUUUCGGAUGGAAGAUAGCGGCGAAGAUGAUGAAAAUGAAAAAGAAGAAUACAUAAUAACCAACCUGACAGAAAACAACAAAAAGAUGCCUAGUAUUAUUGUGAGAAUUCCAGAGAACGUGAACAAAUUUUUAAGCAAAGAAGAGGUAAAAAUAAAAUUUAACGAAAAUAUUAAAUCGCCUAAUAAGAAAGGAUGCAAAAAACUGCUAUCCUUUAAGAUGGAAGCAUCAGAAGUUAGCAAUAAUGAACAGAUGAAUGAAAACACAAUUGAAAAUACAUGUGAAGGACAAGAUGUUAAGAUGGAUAGUACAUUCCAGUCUGACGAAACUGAUGGGGAUGCCACCCCUAGGAAUGAGCUAGAUCAAGAAGACAGCAGUGACACUGAAGGGGAUGCCAAAGCUGAUGAGGAUGAAGAAGAUGAUGAAGAUGACAAAGAAAUGAACGAAUCUCUCAUGGCAACCUUCAAAAAAAACUACGUGGAAAAAUACCAAGCGAAUGUGUACAACGAAAGCAUUAACUUUUUAAGAGAGCACACAAAAAACGAGCUGGAAUUUUUUCUUCAAAGAAAUAAACUUCAUUUUUCAGAUGAAAUGAAAAUAAAUGACAUAAUUAACAUAGAUUAUGACAAAUUGAACGAAAAAAAUAUCAUCCCAUAUUUCUUGACGCACAUGUUUGACGUAGAACAAAAGAAGAAAAGGGAAAAAAUGAAACAAAUGUUAGAGGCCAAGCGAAAGGUGAUGCUAGAAAAAUUAAAGAAGAAUAAUAAUCAAGGAAAAAAGGGGGGCAUGGGAAAUCAAAAAUCUCAACCGAGCUCCAAUUCGAAGACGCGUAAAAGGGAAAAUUUGCCUCACAGUGGAGCAAAGUUGAGAAUCGGAAAGUUAAAAAAGGAGAAGACUGAAAAUGGAAAGGAAGUUAACAUGGGUACUACUCAUGUUAGUAAAGAAAAAAUAAUGGGUGAGGAAGAUGAUACUGAUGGAGAAGAUGAUAAUGAAGAUGGUGAUGAAGAUAACUCCGAUGAUAAAGAAGCAAACGCCCAUGAUAAUCAAGCUAACACAGAUGGAGAUCACAAGACUUGCGACUCACACCCAAGGGGAGAAAUACGUAAAGGAAAGCAAGGGACGAAAUUUGUUGCUGUUAAAGAUAAACAAGAUGACAUGUAUAUAGACGAUUUCGACAAGGAAAUGGAUAUAAACAUUUACAAGGAUCCCACCAUGUAUGGAAUCGAAGGUAGUAGUGAAUACUCAGAAGGGCAAAAAAGUGAUAUGGAAAAUUCACAAGAUGAAGAAUUAGUAAAAGAUCAAUGGACAGGAAAUAAUUUAAAAAUACAAAAAAAAAAAAAAAAAAACAUGGAUGGACUAAGAGGAGAAGAGGAGGAGGAGGAGGAGGAUAAAGAAAAAAUAGAAGAUCUCAUAGACUCAUCAACGCAAAAAUUAAUAUCUUAUGAUUACUAUUCCAGCUUAAAUAUAAAAGAAGUGGUGAAACCUAGUUAUAAAAUAAAAUUUCUAACGCCAUAUAUACCUAUUGAAGAAAAUAUAGACAAUCUAGAUCAUGUGCAAAAAUUACAGUAUCUAAUUAAAAACUUGCCACAUACACAUAUAAAAGAAAAAAGGUCCUUAUAUCAUUACAACAUUAAGCAGUUCAUAAAAUGGAAAGUAUAUUUAUUGAAUAAUAUAAAUAUAUGCUUAUAUGGAAUAGGAUCAAAAUAUCAUUUACUAAAUCUUUUUAGUAAUAUUUGCUUAAAUGAUGGAAAUAAAUGUAUUAUACUUGGAUUUGAAGAUGAAAUAAAUUUUGAAGAAAUUGUAAUUCGUGUUUUAGAGUAUCACUAUAAAUAUAAAACUUCAAAAAAUUUAAAGUCUUUCGAUCUCUUGUAUGAAUUAAUUCAAAAAGUACACGAAUCAAAUUUACCUCUCUAUUUUAUUAUACACAAUAUUGAUAAUAUGAAAUUAUAUCCAUACUAUGAAUAUUUCUCAUUUAUUAGUCAGUAUGAUAACAUUUAUUUCGUUUGUUCCAUUGAUGACGUUUCUUUUGAGUUAAAUGUGAAUUUUAAGAACAUCAGUUCAAUUAACUUUCACUACGUCAAAUGUCACACAUGGAUAGAUUAUCGACAUGAAAUUUUGAGACAGUGGAACAAGUUCCUACCAGAAUGGGUAUUCAAUAAGAAAUGUGAAGAAGUAGAUGUAAAAAAAAAUAUAGAAACCAUUUUAAAUGCUUUAAGUGUAAACCAUAAGAGGCUUUUUAAAAUUAUCGCAUCUAUACAAUUGGAAAAUCUAGAAAAAGGAAUCUACGGAGUCGAAAAAGAAUCCCUAUUGCAAGAUAAAAGAAUAUUUACUGUAGGUGCUUCAAGCAUUAGAAUAAAUUCUCUCCUAGUCGAAUUUGUAUCGCACAAUGUUAUCACUGAAACGAGGCUUAAGGAGGGGAACACCUUCCUAAAAAUAAAUGCAGAUAAGGAGGAACUCAAAAGGGUAGCGGAGCAAUUGUGA